CGUUCCGGCGCGUGCGCGUGUUAUCUCCGGCCGACCGGAGUAGCCGGCUUCCCUACGCUCCAGGCCCCCGCCCACCGCCGCCCCCUCCCAGCCCCCGGCCGACUCGUCCCCUUCCUUUCCUUGCGGAAUGGGGCCGGCGUUGCUCGGGGUCGCGCACCCGGGACCCGGCUCGCGCUCGGUCUCGCGCUGUCAGCGACUGCUUGGCUCGCGCCGCCUCGCGCUAUCCCUCAGUCAGUGGCGCCGAAGGCUCCGUUAAGCAGCGGCGGCGGCGGCGGUUCCUGUUUCCGUUUCUUCCUCUCCCUUCAGUCGGGAAUAGCAUCCUCCACCCAGCCACCCCUCCCACUACCCCAACGCGGGGCAGCUGCGGCUGAGGGCUGUAGCGGCGGCGGCGGCGGCGACUGGGGAACGGCGGAGACCGCCUCUGCUACCGCCUCGGGUUGCUGCUUUUGCUAAGAGAGCACCCAUGACCCUGAUGGUGUUUCCAUUCACAAUAAAGGGCUCUAUUGCCUUCAUUGAUUAGCUGAUCAAAUUCAGUUGGUAAUUUUAGUGACCCAGAUUCAAGCAGUAAUAUCUUCCAUUGGAAAUAUGUGAUUUCUUCAUCUUCUUAUGUUCUAGGGGAAGAAAGCAUGUAGAGUCCAUGAAGCACAGGACAAUAAAGCUUCCUACUCAUACCACCAGGAGGAUCUCUUGGAAAGAGUCACCACAGGACUACCAGAGAGACUAAUUUGUCUGAAGCAUCAUGUGUUGAAAGAACACUCGCUAGAAACAGAGUGACGAUGUUUUCAAUUCCUUGAGUUCCAGGAACCCAGGAGAGUGAGCUGAAACUCUGAAAAUGCGGCCAUGGACUGGUUCCUGGCGUUGGAUUAUGCUCAUUCUUUUUGCCUGGGGGACCUUGCUAUUUUAUAUAGGUGGUCACUUGGUACGAGAUAAUGACCACCCUGAUCACUCUAGCCGAGAACUGUCCAAGAUUUUGGCAAAGCUUGAACGCUUAAAACAGCAAAAUGAAGACUUGAGACGAAUGGCUGAAUCUCUCCGAAUACCAGAAGGCCCCAUUGAUCAGGGCCCAGCUUCAGGAAGGGUUCGUGCUUUAGAAGAGCAGCUUGUGAAGGCCAAAGAACAGAUUGAAAAUUAUAAGAAACAAACUAGAAAUGGUCUAGGGAAGGAUCAUGAAAUCCUAAGGAGGAGGAUUGAAAAUGGAGCUAAAGAGCUCUGGUUUUUUCUACAAAGUGAGUUGAAGAAAUUAAAGAAUUUAGAAGGAAAUGAACUCCAAAGACAUGCAGAUGAAUUUCUGUCAGAUUUGGGACAUCAUGAAAGGUCUAUAAUGACGGAUUUAUACUACCUCAGUCAAACAGAUGGAGCAGGUGAUUGGCGGGAAAAAGAGGCCAAAGAUCUGACAGAGCUGGUCCAGCGGAGAAUAACGUAUCUUCAGAAUCCCAAGGACUGCAGCAAAGCCAAGAAGCUAGUGUGUAAUAUCAACAAAGGCUGUGGCUAUGGCUGUCAGCUCCAUCAUGUGGUCUACUGCUUCAUGAUUGCAUAUGGCACCCAGCGAACACUCAUCUUGGAAUCUCACAAUUGGCGCUAUGCUACUGGAGGAUGGGAAACUGUGUUUAGACCUGUAAGUGAGACCUGCACAGACAGAUCUGGCAUCUCCACUGGACACUGGUCAGGUGAAGUAAAGGACAAAAAUGUUCAGGUGGUUGAGCUCCCCAUUGUAGACAGUCUUCAUCCUCGUCCUCCAUAUUUACCCCUGGCUGUACCAGAAGACCUUGCAGAUCGACUUGUACGAGUCCAUGGUGAUCCUGCAGUGUGGUGGGUGUCCCAGUUUGUCAAAUACUUGAUCCGCCCACAACCUUGGCUGGAAAAAGAAAUAGAAGAGGCCACCAAGAAGCUAGGCUUCAAACAUCCAGUUAUUGGAGUCCAUGUCAGACGCACAGACAAAGUGGGAACAGAAGCAGCCUUCCACCCCAUUGAGGAAUACAUGGUACACGUUGAAGAACAUUUUCAGCUUCUUGCUCGCAGAAUGCAAGUGGAUAAAAAAAGAGUAUAUUUGGCCACAGAUGACCCUUCUUUAUUAAAGGAGGCAAAAACAAAGUACCCCAAUUAUGAAUUUAUUAGUGAUAACUCUAUCUCUUGGUCAGCUGGACUACAUAAUCGAUACACAGAAAAUUCACUUCGAGGUGUGAUCCUGGAUAUACACUUUCUCUCCCAGGCAGACUUCCUAGUGUGUACUUUUUCAUCCCAGGUCUGUCGAGUUGCUUAUGAAAUCAUGCAAACACUGCAUCCCGAUGCCUCUGCAAACUUCCAUUCUUUGGAUGACAUCUACUAUUUUGGAGGCCAAAAUGCCCACAACCAGAUUGCCAUUUAUCCUCACCAACCUCGAACUGCAGAUGAAAUCCCCAUGGAACCUGGAGAUAUCAUUGGUGUGGCUGGAAAUCAUUGGGAUGGCUAUUCUAAAGGUGUCAACAGAAAACUGGGAAGGACGGGCCUAUAUCCCUCCUACAAAGUUCGAGAGAAGAUAGAAACAGUCAAGUACCCCACAUAUCCUGAGGCUGAGAAAUAAAGCUUAGAUGGACGAGAAAGACAACCAAACUCAGUUCAAACCAUUUGAGCCAAACAGUAGAUGAAGAAGGCCCCAACCUAACAACUCAUGGUUAAAUGAGUCAACACCCUCGUCGCCAGGAGCAGCUGGGAUCUGACAGAUGCUUCAUUGGUGGAAUUCCUCUUUAACAAGGGCUACCGUGCCCUCAAAACCAUGCACAGUCCGAUAAUGUACUCACGUAUAACAUACAAACAGGUUGUUUUCUACUUUACCCGUUCUUUCAAGAUUAUGUCCCCAUGAAACAAACACUGCCACAUUGUGUAAUUUAAGUGACACAGACAUUUUGUGUGAGACUUCAAACAUGGUGCCUAUAUCUGAGAGACCUAUGUGACCUAAUGAGAUGACUCAAGUAGCUCCCUCCUGUGGGGAGCUUGAUUCUUAGCCAGUGGUGGUAUUGUAACCACUGAAUUCACUCCAAUCAACAGAUUCAGAAUGAGAAUGGAUGUUUUUGUCUGGAAUUUUUUUUUUGAGUAAUUGUACCAGUUCAUCCACCUCAUCAUUAAUAAGUGAAGGAUACAACAGAAAAUAAAAUAUUCAUACUCCAUUAGGAACUUUUGUAAAACAAUACCAUGAACAGUUUCUUUAGUACUCAAUGUUUCCGGACAUUC